UCCCCCGGGGUCCAACGUCCAGUGCGGGCCCCACCAGUACCACCUCGGCCUGUACGGGUGGCGGCGGAGGUGCCUGUACGCCCUCGUGCUGCUGCUCCUCGUCAUGGUCAUCUUCAACCUCGCGCUCACGCUCUUCAUCCUCAGGGUGCUCGACGUGACCACGGAAGGCAUGGGCGGUCUGCAGAUCAUCAAGGGCGGGAUGAUCGCCAACGGAGACCUGCAUGUGAUGGACACUCUCGUCGCCGCCCGCAUCCUCUCGCGCCCGCACACGCCCAUCAGGAUUCUCGCCGCGAAUAAUUUCUCGAUCGCUUCCACGGAUGCCGAGGGGCGAGUCACCAACACGAUCUUCAUGAAUACGGACUCAAUGGAGUGCACUUCGGGCAGACUAGUGAUAAGGGAUAAAGCCGGCAGGUUGUUGUUUUCAGCCUCCCGCGACGAGGUGCUUGUCGGCGCACGCACGCUCACCGUUUCCGGCGAGGGCGGCGCCGUGUUCAGCGGCUCCGUGCAGACCUCCCACGUGACGGCGCCCAUCAGCGAGUCGCUUCUGCUGGAGUCCACGACGCGGAGCCUGGAGGUCUCGGCGCCUCAGAGCGUCGCCCUCGAGUCCCGGGCGGGAAACAUCUCCGCCACCAGCCUCAGAGACUUCACUCUCCAGUCUACGGGUGGGAUGAUAAAAUUUGACACACGCAACAUUUUCGUCCGAGGUUUGAGAACGUCCAGAACCCAAACCAACGACACGGGAGCAGCUCUUCCUGACGUUUACCAGGUGUGUGUGUGCAGCAGCGGCCGGUUGUUCCUGGCGAAGCCCGGCGGGGUUUGUGCAGCAGACCACAAAUUCUGCAAGUAGCUCCUUCUGCAGCGUUGUCUCAUGAAUUUUCCAAGACGCUAGAAGGGUUGAAUGAAGAAUCACGGGGGAGGGGGAGGGGCGCUGGGAGGAGACGCCAGGAGACCAAAAGAGACAAUUAUUCUUUUGCUCGUCGACGCUGGAAUGCAUGUGGGGAACCGGUGUUUUCCUCGUCCCUUCCCCUUCCCUCCUCCGUUUCUUCGGUUUUCCUUCUGUCCUUAACUUUCAACGGCCGUGAAGUGCGUAUGUGUUAUUUUACCGCACGCGCGCUUGCUUCUGUGUCUGUGUGUAUCUGCAAAUACGCACUAGUGUAUUGAUGUCGGUUGCGUACUUCCGUGUGUGCUUUUUUAUGUACCCUGCAAGGAAAAGGGAAACGAAAAUGAACAUUAAGAAUAAGGAAAAAGUGAGGGAGAAAGAAGAAAAGCUUCAGUCACUUAUCUCAGAAAGAGGUCAGAUUUCUGUGCCUUGAUUUAUUGUUUCGGGGGAUUUUAUGAGACCCAUUGUUGUCAAUUUUCUUUUUCCUUUUUCAUUACAUUUUGUAAAGGGCAGAGAAGAAAGGAAAUUGGUACAUCAUGUACAUAAUACAUUUAAUCAAGUUCAUUGGCCUUUUUUUAUCAGUACGAAAAAAGGAUACUGCGUUGUCUUCUGUGGAUGCUGUAAAUGGAAAGUGCUUAGCCGCAAAAACGCAUCUAAACUUCUUCCUUUUGUUUCCUGAAUGUUCUUUGUUGUUGCCAUAAUCCAAACGGACAAAUAUCUGGCACGUCAAUGUGUCAAAUGAUACAAAUUCUCCAACAUGCAACGACAGACGAAAGAAGUAGAAGAAAGAAUAGCAAGAAAAAUAUCGACCUUUAUAUUGCAUUCAGGUCUUCAUACCGACGAAGCAACGGACCUUCGGUGCUACGUGCAUGACCUCUCAGACUGUAAAAGGCCGUUGCAAUACGAUGCAGCUGCAAAAUACUUAAGAAGCUAUAACUCUCUUCCAUGUCCAGUCAUAUAACCUUAUAUAUGAAUAACAAAUAAGAAAAUACUGAUCAAAACUUAUCCUUCACAUUUAUGCGCAAAGGAGAGAAAGCGUAUUUAUUUUGUACAGUGUCCAAUGUACAGUUCAAAAAAUAUUUAUAUUAAAUCUUGCAUUUCGCUUCCUUCGUAGACUAGGUCAAGCAGACGCAAUCAUCAAGAGACAUCGUUAUUGAAAGUCUGGAACUUAGCAUAUACUGUGGAAU